GAUAUCUCAAUUGUCUUCUUUCUUCUGUUUCUCCUGCAAACUCCUCUAAAUUCAUCUGCAACAUUUCAAAAAGUUCUUGAAGAAGGCUCAUCAUUAUCUGUGGACAAUUCAAACGACUAUUUGAUUUCAGCAAAUGGUCUUUACUCUGCGGGGUUUUUCAACGUUGGCGACAAUGCUUUCUGCUUUGCCGUAUGGUUCAUCAAUUCCUCGCCUCCCGUUGCGGCUUGGAUGGCUAACCGCGAUAAACCAGUUAAUGGAAAAGGCUCAAAGCUUUCACUUUUGAGAAACGGGGAUCUUUUCUUAACUGAUGCAGGUGGAAUCCCCAUUUGGAACUCCAAAACCAAUUCAACUUCUCCGGUUAAUCUUGUGCUUUUAGACACUGGCAAUCUUGUGCUCCGGAAUUCGGAGACUGUUACCCUCUGGCAGAGCUUUGAUUCACCAACAGAUACUCUUCUUCCUGAGCAACCACUCACCAAAGACACACAACUUGUCUCUUCAAGAAGCGAAGGAAACUUUUCUUCGGGCUUUUACAAGUUGUAUUUUGACAAUGACAAUGUUCUCCGUCUUCUUUAUAAUGGUCCUGAGAUAUCCAGUGUGUAUUGGCCAGACCCAGAGCUGAUAACCUGGGACGCAGGCAGGACAACAUACAACAACAGUCGAAUAGCGAUAUUCAACAAUCUAGGGAGCUUCGAAUCAUCAGAUGAACUUUCUUUCAUGGCAGCUGAUUCUGGCAUGGGACCCCAAAGAAGACUGAAGCUUGAUUUUGAUGGAAAUGUUCGAAUGUACACCCUACAAGAGGCCACAGGGACUUGGAGUGUUUCUUGGCAAGCCAUUUCUCAACCAUGCACGAUCCAUGGCAUCUGUGGACCAAACAGUCUUUGCAGUUAUUCUCCUGAAUCUGGUCGUAUAUGCUCUUGCUUACCUGGAUUCAAAAUUAAAAACCCCACAGACUGGUCUCAUGGUUGCCAACCUGAAUCGCAGAUCUAUUGCAACCAUACGGAGGUCGGUUUCCUCCGUCUCUCACAUGUUGAUUUUUAUGGCUCUGAUAUUCGAUUUAUUCCAAAUUCCACUUAUGAAGAUUGUAAAGACGAAUGCUUGCAAUCGUGUGACUGCAAGGUCUUCAUGCUCUUGUUUCGAAACGGUUCGUACAACUGUUAUCCUAAAUUUCUUUUGGUUAAUGGACACCGUUCGCAGAAUUUUGAUGGAGUCACGUACGUCAAACGGCCUAAAGCUAGAAUUUCAAUAUCAAACAAUGACACAUCCAAGAAAAUAUUUUUGAUAUGUCCAAGUGUACGUCUUACUGAGCUUGAAACAAUGUACAAAAGGCCCAAAGAAAAUGAAUCAUUGAGGUUGUUGAUCUGGUUCGCCUGUGGUGUUGGGGGAGUGGAAAUAACCUGCAUCAUUUUGGUGUGGUAUUUCCUGCGUGGAGGUGAUGGAGAUUUGAAUGCACCCAUUCAAGGAUAUAUUAUCGCUGCAACUGGAUUCAGAAAAUUUUCUUACAUUGAGCUUAAAAAGGCCACACUGAACUUCAGUGAAGAGAUUGGAAGAGGUGCAGCGGGUACUGUGUACAAAGGGACCUUGUCUGAUGGACGAGUCGCAGCAAUCAAGCGACUCAAUGAAGCUAACCAAGGAGAAGCUGAAUUUCUAGCAGAAGUAAGUACUAUAGGGAAGCUUAAUCACAUGAAUUUGAUAGAGAUGUGGGGAUAUUGUGCAGAGGGAAAGCACAGGCUUUUGGUUUACGAGUAUAUGAAGCAUGGAUCUUUAGCAGAAAAUCUUUCCUCCAACGCACUUAAAUGGGAGAAACGGUUCGAAAUUGCAGUGGGCGCUGCGAAAGGUUUGUCAUAUUUGCAUGAAGAAUGCCUAGAGUGGAUCCUACACUGUGACAUAAAGCCGCAGAACAUUCUGCUAGACUCCGAUUACCAGCCGAAGGUGGCGGAUUUUGGUUUGUCUAAGCUGUUGAAUAGGACUGGGCUCAACAACUCAAGCUUCUCAAGAAUAAGAGGAACCAGAGGUUACAUGGCUCCUGAGUGGGUAUAUAACCUUCCCAUAACCUCAAAAGUUGAUGUUUACAGCUAUGGGAUAGUUGUUUUGGAGAUGGUUACCAGAAAGAGUGCAACAGGUAUGCCAACCUUCGACAAUGGAGAGGUGACAGGUGAUGGAAGAUUGGUUAAAUGGGUGCGGGCGAAGAUGAAUGCGACUAGUGCUGGAGAAUCUUGGAUUGAAGAAAUUGUAGACCCCUUGUUGGGGUGUGAUUACAACGCAAAAAAGAUGGAGCGUCUGGUUAGAGUGGCUUUGAAUUGCUUGGAAGAAGACAAAGAUGCAAGACCUACCAUGAGUCAGGUGGUAGAGAUGCUUGUGCGUAGUGAGGAUGAGUAAUAAGCUAUUUGUUACCCAAUCAUGAAGUCUCCAAUGUUAUCGCAACUUUUCUCCAAGGUUUCUGGUUUCCGUAUCCCACUAAGCUUAUGAUGUUUCAGAAUUAAUGAAUAUAUAUAUUAUCGCAUACGUACUCUCUGGCAAAUCAAAAGUAUUUGUACAAUAAAAUUUUAAAAUAAAGAUUGGUUCCGAUUCUGGGUUUAAUUGUGUGGCAUUAUAAAGCUUUUCACUCAAUAAACUUUUC